GGACUGAGUAUUUAAAUGUUCCUGUCCAGCACAGGAUUGUUGAUAUGGGUCUUUUGUGUCGCAGGGCAGAUCUCGGUGGAGGGCUUCGCUAGAUAUCUGAGUGGAGAAGAGAACAGUAUCAUCCCUCCAGAGAAGCUGGACCAGAGUGAAGACAUGACGCUGCCGCUUUCGCAUUACUUCAUCAACUCCUCACACAACACUUACCUCACAGCGGGUCAGCUGGCAGGAAACUCUUCUGUGGAGAUUUACCGGCAGGUUCUGCUCUCCGGCUGUCGCUGUAUAGAGCUGGACUGCUGGAAAGGCCGGACCACCGAUGAGGAGCCCAUCAUCACACAUGGCUUCACCAUGACCUCAGAGAUCUCCUUCAAGGAAGUGAUUGAGGCUAUCGCAGAGAGCGCCUUCAAGACAACUCCAUUCCCCGUCAUUCUGUCCUUUGAGAACCAUGUGGACUCUCCCAAACAGCAGGCAAAGAUGGCUGAGUAUUGCAGAUCAAUAUUUGGAGAUGCAUUGCUCACAGACCCACUGGAGAAAUACCCCCUGGAGGCCGGUGUUCCUCUGCCCAGCCCCGUGGACCUGAUGGGUAAAAUCCUGAUCAAGAACAAGAAGAAUUCCCACAAAACCGACGGCAGCACCAAGAAGAAACUCUCUGAGCAGACGUCCAACACCUGCAGUGACACGUCCAGUCUGUGUGAGCCGUCGUCUCCCGGCGCAGGGUCCACUCAUCAGGAGACUUUAGACACUGCAGACGGGAACGAAAGAGGAGAAAGAAGACUGCAGGGAAUGAAGUCCAUUGAUAAAACCACUGGGUCGCUAUUAAAUAACUCAUGUCUGGCCGAUGACAAAGCAGACGCAGAUGCAGAGAGUGAUGCAGAUGAAGAUAACGAUGAAAGUAAAAAGUCCCUGGAUGAGGGGACGGUAAAUGAAGCCUUCGCCACAGAGGAGAUGUCCAACUUAGUCAACUACAUCCAGCCUGUUAAAUUCAACUCCUUCGAGGCGUGCAAAAAAAUCGAUCGAAGUUAUGAAAUGUCGUCGUUUGUGGAGACCAAAGCCCUGGAGCUGCUCAAAGAAUCGCCGGUGGAGUUUGUUGAGUAUAAUAAACUGCAGCUGAGUAGAAUUUAUCCCAAAGGGACUCGAGUCGACUCCUCAAACUACAUGCCUCAAGUCUUCUGGAACGCUGGAUGUCAGCUGGUCGCUCUGAACUUCCAGACCAUAGAUCUACCCAUGCAGCUGAAUCUGGGCAUAUUUGAGUACAACGGGAAAUGUGGCUACAGACUGAAGCCAGAGUUCAUGCGACGGACGGACAAACAGUUCGACCCGUUCACUCAGAAUACAGUAGACGGGAUCGUAGCGCACACGCUGUCUGUGAAAAUUAUAUCUGGUCAGUUCCUGUCCGAUAAGAGAGUCGGUGUUUACGUGGAGGUGGAGAUGUUUGGCCUGCCGGUGGACACCAAACGGAAAGCAUUUAAGACCAAGACAUCUCAAGGCAAUGCCGUCAAUCCUGUGUGGGAUGAAGAUCCAGUGGUCUUCAAACGAGUGGUUCUUCCCACGCUGGCAUCGCUGAGGAUAGCCGUGUACGAAGACAACGGGAAAUUCAUCGGCCAUCGGAUCAUCCCAGUAUAUGCCAUCCGACCCGGAUAUCAUUACAUCAGUCUGAGGAACGAGAAGAACCAGACGCUGACGCUUCCGUCUGUCUUCAUCUACACUGAAGUCAAGGACUACGUCCCAGACACCUUUGCAGAUGUGAUCGAGGCCCUGUCCAAUCCCAUCCUGUACAUCAGUCUGAUGGAGCAGAGAGCCAAUCAGCUGGCAGCUCUGACGCAGGAGGAGGGAGCUCAGGAGACCGACAGAGAAGAGGUCAAUGGCAUUGGAGAACCUGUGUCAGAGGUCAAGACUGACCCAAAACCCGCUGCAGAGAACGGGUUAAACCAUGACAGCAUCUCGCCCAAAUCAUCUGUGGUCAGUCACCAGACUUCAUCCUCAGGGUCGGUCAAACCUGCUGGGAGGUCUGAGGAUGUGGUCCAGAGUGUUUUAACAGAGGUGGACGCUCAGUCUGUCGAUGAACUGAAACAGAUGAAGGGCUUUUUGCGGGAACAGAAGAAGCAGUACAAAGAACUGAAGGAGCUCAUGAGGAAACACAACAAGAAAGCGGCGGAGCUAAUCAACGAGCACACGUCCAGACAGAAGCAGCAGCACAGCGAGUUCGUCCGGCGCAGGUCAGCGCUGCAGAAGAGGAGCGUGUCGGGUCAGGAUCAGGAUCUGCUGGCUCUGGAGCAGGAGAGAAGUGAGAAGCUGAGUGAGCUGAAGGAGCAUCAGCAGAGACAGCUCCUCACGCUCAGACAGGAGCAGUUCUACAGCGAGAAGUACCUCAAACGAGAACAUGUGAAGCUGCUCGUUGAGAAGCUGACGGCCGUGGCAGAAGAGUGUCAGAAUAACCAGCUGAAGAAACUAAAGGACCUGUGUGAGAAAGAAAACAAAGACUUGAAGAAAAGGAUGGACAAGAGGCGUCAGGAGAAGUUUCAAGAAGCCCGAACGCUGGAGAAGACUCUGACUGAGGAGAAAAAGAUGGAGAUGAACAGAUCACACGUGAACGAAGUGGUGCAGUCCAUCAAACGGCUGGAAGAAGCUCAGGCCAAACGACUGGAGAGAUUGCUGGAAAAACAUAAAGAUAUUCGACAACAAAUCCUGGACGACAAAACAAAGUUUCAGAGCGAGCUGGACCAGGAGUAUCAGGACAAGUUUCGGAGGCUUCCAGCGGAAAUCCAAGAAUUCGUGCAGGAUUCUGCUGCUUGUAAAGGCAAGUUAAGCCAAGACAGUGACUUUCUUCCUAUUUCCACAACCACGGGGAAGUUCUCCCCAGCUGAAGACGUGGAGGAGCAAUCUUCAGAGAAAGUCUUCGACACGCCGCUCUGAGUCCGUUGUAGCUUUUUUGGACUUCUCCCUGAUUUAAUGUACACCUUUUAGUGUGAUGACUGGAUGACUUACUAGAACGAUGUUACUUGUUCUUGUUUUCUUACUUUUAAAACUCGCUGCUUAUGUGAAUUUAAAUAUAUAUGACUCUUGUGUAUGUUUAGAUGAGUCUUACUGUCACUUAAUGAUUUUAAACAGCACUUUUAAUAUAAAAUUUUGCCUGUACUUAUAUUGUCAUGAACCAUUCUGCCACGAUUUAGACUUUGUAUGAAUGCAUUUUUUUAUAGCAACACAUGGAUAUGAAGCUUCAAGUGUUUGAUUUACGUGCAUGUUAUUUCACCAAUAUAUGAUGUGGUAGGAAAACAUUCUUUUACAACAAGAACAUGAACAUUUACAUUUAUGCAUUUGACAGACUGAUACUGUUCAUUCAUUCUUACCUGGGAAUCUGACCCCUGACUUCUACUUUACUAGUGGUGGACCUGCAGGAUGAUGUUCAGUAAAGAUUCGUAUGUGCCACAAGAAGAAAUAUUUGACCACAAAUACGUUGUGGGGAAAUGUUUAUGGCCCCAACAAUGAUGAGAGUUACAACCGGACCAAAGUUUUCAAAUGAAGAUGAACUUUCAAGUCAACAAGACACUGUCUUUAAUGUGAUGAAUGUGUUAACGGAUGGAAGAAGUGAACGUGUGUGUGUGUGUGAGAGAAAGACUUGACGCUGCCAGUUUCUGAGGUUCUUUUAUCAAUGUUUACGAGACAGCACUAAACAGCACUAGUGCCACACGCAUCUCUGAACACCUUCACCUUCUCUAAUGCAUCGCCUGUAAACUGGUCGUUGUAAUAUAAUCUGUGGGCGUCUAGUGCACUAAUGAGUAAAGCUUGUGACUAGCAGUAUUUCAGAGAGAAGUUACACCUUCACACACUUUCCUCAAAGUUUCUUCACCUGAUGUUGAUGUACGUGAAGCUUUUUGAAAUCAGGUCAAGUUUAAGUGAGUUAGAAAUGCCUGUGAAUGAAAUAAAUGUUGUUUCUGUAUAAA